AACAUUCACACCCAACACUUCCAAGAAAAUUCAUAAUGUGUGACGACAGCAAGUGGGCAACGAACAAAGAUGGGGGUGUUAAAAGUCCAGCGGCAAAAACCAAGGGCAAACCUUCGGGCAUCAAGGACAUGAAGAUUUGCAAUCAGCUGGACAGAACCAAGUGGUGUCAGAAGAUACCGAAAGGUCAUGACGAAGAUGCGUGUCAUAUGAUGUCACAGAAACGCCGGUGUGUUCUGCAGAUGAUGAAGAAACUGGUGGACGAGCAUGUAAACAGUCCAGUUUGUCCAGAAUGGGACACAUCGACCACUUGUGAAAACACCCCUGGACCCUACAGGUUUGGAGUUUAUAAGUCUGGCAACGACGACAACUACAAGAUCAUCGCGAGUCAGAUGACAGCUAGUGGAUGUGAGUGUAUCAAGAGGAACGGUCUCCAGGACGACUGUAGACUCCCCAGGUGCCGAGGGUCACCUUCCUGUAGGAUCACCCCGUUCCCGAGGUGCGAACCGUUCCUGGGAGUCCCUGUACAGAAGACAGGAGUUCCUGCAGUAACAGCGGCCGUGGGAUACGGGGAUGAAUGCCGAUGUCCUCAAACUGCUAGCCAGUAAACACACUCUUCAAUUGUUGAUUAAAACACAAUUCCGAAAGAUUA